UGAUUCAGAAUUGAGAAACUGAAAGUUAGAGAGUGUGAUCAACAACUUGUGAUCUCUCUCUCUCUCUAUUAUCAUCUACUGAAGAAUGGGUUCAAUCGCUAAGAAAGGUUUACAGCAGUAUUUGCUGCAGCUUCAGAGUCAUCCCCUUCGAACAAAGGCAAUUACAGCAGCGGUGUUGUCGGCGAUCAGUGAUAUAGUUUCUCAGAAGCUUUCCGGCAUACAGAAGCUGCAACUCAGACGCCUUCUCCUUAAAGUGCUGUUUGGAUUUUCUUAUCUGGGUCCAUUUGGGCAUUUUCUUCAUCUAUUGUUGGAUAAGCUCUUCAAGGGCAAGAAGGAUACAAAGACUGUUGCUAAGAAGGUGGUACUAGAACAACUAACAUCAUCCCCUUGGAACAACUUGGUCUUCAUGAUAUUCUAUGGGAUGGUCAUUGAGAGGCAACCAUGGACCCUUGUUAAGCCUAGAAUAAAAAGGGAGUAUCCAAAAGUUCAAUAUGCAGCUUGGACGUUCUGGCCAGUUGUUGGAUGGGUGAAUCAUCUAUACGUUCCGCUGCAAUUCCGAGUCAUCUUUCACAGUGUUAUUGCUUGUGGCUGGGGAAUAUUCUUGAACCUCCGAGCUAAGUCGAUAUCCCUGCCUAAGAACAAGUAACUGCUCAGGGAGGUCGCAUAACUUGGUACAAGGAUUUGUAAGAGGGUGAAGAUUUGAUUAAAACUUCCUUUGGCUUUCAUUUUUUUUAAUUACUAUAAUGUGUGUUUGAUUUAGAAAGUAUAAUGUUGUGAAGAAACUCUAAUGUUAAAAAGACAAUAGAGUAAUAUUUAUAAUGGGUAUGUUGGUUCAAAACAAAUAAAAUGAAGAAAUUUACUCUGUUUUGAUUUUUUC